CGUCCUGUCUGAAAAUCGGCGGUUUUUGCACCCAGUGCGUCUCUCGCUCUCUGUCGCUCGCUCUUGGCAGUGGGACUCAUCUUCUCAUCCAGCAGAGGGACCCCCCAUCCCUGCCCUUUCUUCAAACUGCCCGUCGGCCCCUGAAGACUCCGAGAUGCUGCUGUUCCUGACGCUAGUGUCUGUCGGCCUGGUGGCAAUAGUGCCGCAGUCCCAGGCGAUUGUGAUCUACACGGGCUGGGAUCGCCACGCCCUGGUGGGGUCAGACGUGCGGCUCUCCUGCUCCUUCUUCUCCUGGCGAUGGACCUCCGAGGACGUGACCUUCUCCUGGAGCUACCGGGCCGACGGGGCCCGAGAAGGCAUCUCUAUAUUCCACUACACCGGGGGUCUGCCCUACGUGGACAACAAGGGUCCUUUCCGGGACAGGCUGGAGUUCGUGGGGAACCCCCAGCGUCGCGACGGCUCCAUCCUAAUCAAGAACCUGGACUACAACGACAACGGCACCUUCACCUGCGACGCCAAGAACCCGCCCGACAUCGUGGGCCGGCCUUCCCACGUCCGACUGCUCGUGUUCGAGAAACUGCCCGUCCAGGCUGGAGUGAUCACUGGCGCCAUCAUCGGGGCAGUCCUGGGACUGCUGGUGCUGAUCGUGGUGAUCUACUACCUAAUGAGGUUCCUGGUCGCCCGCCGAGUCUUCAGCCUCAGUGUCAGCAAACACGGGAAGAAAGGAAAAGGGAAAGAGGGAUCACAGCAGCGACAGAUGUUCUGAGUCCUCUUUUCACCCGCGCUCUGGCUGCUCCGCCCCCCAAAGCCCCGCCCACCCCACCGCCCCCCAACCAAAACUACUGGCGUAGCCACAUGUCACUCCAACCGAGCUCCAACCGAGACCCCGGGCGUGCCCCCUCACCAAAACCAGCCCCUCCCACUUCCGUGUCUGCACUUGGUGAGUCGACACGCUCCCCCCAAAACAGAGUCUCUGCCACACCCACAACAAUGUCUCCUCCUCCGCCCCCCCAACAAAGGCUAUGCCUCAUCCCCCCAACAGAGAGUGGUUUUGAACUGGUAGCACCCUGGACUGUAGAAGCUCUGAGAGGCACAGACAGUCUGUUUAGCUGUUUACCCCCGUAGACACGUACUCGAGUGUUUCUACUUGCACUCCCAUGACACAGACCCCCGACACGUCUACUUAAACCUCCUACCUGUUCGUUCAGGUGGACGGAUAUCUACCUAUUGCUUGUGAUUGUGGGGAUGAUAACAUAAAAUAUGAUUUGGGAAAAAAAAUAAAUUGUGAAGCCCAUCUCCUCCUGAUCUUGUACUGUUGUAAAAUAACAAACUAUGGUAGGUCCUUGAAAGAAUUUGUUGUCAGCUUUAUUUGCACAAGGCGCAACAAACACAGUGUUCAUUUCACUGGGCAAUUCGGGCCAUUAAUAUUUCUAAUGCUAAUGACCCUACUGGAGGCGGAGCCUGUAGAAAAAGCAACAGAGGCCGUUCACUGCUUUGAGUUUAGUGACUGAGAAGCACAGAAUGAAGUCAAUACUGAACCAGACCACGUGAACUAUCUCAGCCAGCCAAAAUAGAAAGCAAGAAUUGUGAAAGAAAUGUGGAUUUGAGCUAAGCUCCAAAACGCUUAGCUACUCGAGUCCCAAAAAGUGUUCUCCUCCCGCGGCUUACUUAGGGUGGCGUUUCCUGUCCUGUCCCUCUCCGACUCACCAGCUCAGAUACCUCUCAGCACCUCAUUGACCCCGCCUUCACCGCCCCUCGUUUCGGUUGCUUAGCAACGCAUUGUGCCCUCACACGCCCUAGCGGCCCUUCUGAUUCUUCUCAUCGUAAAAGAUGCCAAAAACAGAUAUUCUAAUUCAUCUAGCUCUCUGCUAUGUAUGUAUGUGUGUGUGUGUAUUUGUGUGUGUGUGAGUGAGUGAGUGUGUAUUUGGUGUAUGUGUGUGUGUGUUAGACAGACAUUUUACAUGUGUACAAAAAAACAUUGUAAGCAUGUUUCUCGAAGGCAGAAAUGUAAUAGUAUUUCUCGAUAUUUAAUGAUGUUUCUGCCCUGGUGAAAUGCAAGGAUCCAGUGAGCUUUUUGUGCCACACAGGAGACCGUAGAGUGCUCUCGUCCACCCAGGUAGCACUGCAACCCGGCAAAGGGAGGAGUUCUGGGAGGAAAUAUCCUACCCCUUGGCUCUUCUCAGACAUUUCUUUCUGAAUGAUGUCGCCCACUUGAGCCGUGUUUUGAUGCAAACAUCAAACUACAGUCAUGGAUGGUGCAGUAGAAUAUGAGGUCAUAACCGCAGAGUGGUUAUGGGUAGUGUAGUGCUAUUAUAGCAUGGACCACUACACUCGUGUAGCUUUUUUUUUUUUUACACUAGCGCUAAGUGUUAAACAUGGUUUUAUGCUAGCACUAGUGUAGAAUGCGCUUUUCACUAGCACUAGUGUAGAAAAUGGUUUUACGCUCACACUAGCGUAGACUGGUUUAAAGUAGCACGGUCUCCUUCAAUGGAUUCAGGUCUUCCCUUGGUCCAGCUUUAUGGAUUCUUGACAUUUGAGAAAAUACAUUAAAAUGUCUUGAGACAUCUGUGUUGUUCAUGUAUCGCGUUCUUUAUCGGAUCUGAUUCAGAGAUAACAUUCCUUUAUUCUUUGAAAUAAAUACGCAUUAACGGUUUAAUUAUUUUUUUUUUUUACAUUUAUUUUUAUGCUAACAAUAGAAAUGUACCAACCAGUAUUUGUUGUGAUAUGAAAUGUGUUGUAUAAAGAAAAUAAAUCAGAAAUAAAAGCAAACACUCAACUUGGUUGUAAAAAUAAAAAUUAAAUAAACCCAAAUGAACAGAGAA